AUGGCCUCCAGCGCAGCUCGGGGGGCCCCCAACAGCCCCCCGACGGAGUCCGCGGCGCCGGGGGCCUCCCCAGCAGCAGCUUCCGCCUCGGGCCGCCCCCGCAGCCGCGUAGAGCAGAUGCUGCACCUUUAUUACGAAUUGGAGGAGUCCGAAGUGGCGGAGUCUGCUGCUGAGGACCGGCCCGGUGCAGCAGCAGCAGCAGCAACAGGAGCAGCAGCAGCCGCAGCAGCGGGAGCUGAGGGCGCGAAGAGGGUCCCCGAGACGGAGCCGCAGCAGCAGCGGCGGGGCGCAGCAGCAGCAGCAGCGGCGGGCGCGGGGAGCGCGGUGAAGACGGCGCUGCAGCUGCUGCAGGAGCUGCCGUACCUGCAGCAGUCAGCUGCUGCUGCUGCUGCAGGCGGGAGCGGCGUCGGGGGCCCCGGGAGCGUGGCGAGCAGCGUGGCAGCAGCAGCAGCAGCAGCAGCAGCAGAGAGGGGGGAGCAGCUGGAGGCAGCAGCGCUGGACCUGGGGUCUGCGGAGUUCAACAUGCAGGCCUUUUUUGCUGCUGCUCUGGAGCAUUGCUCGCUGCAGCAGCUGCUGCGGCUGCAGCAGGAGCUGGAGGCUGGCAGCAAAACUCUCGAGCGAGAAAUGCAAACUUUAGUUUACGAAAACUACUCCAAGUUUUUAAGUGCAACAGAAGCUGUGGGGCGGGUGCGGGGGGCCCUGGGGUCUGUGGAGUUGCUGCUGCAGCAGCUGGCAGCAAAAGUGGGCUACGUGGAGCGCAGCAGCAGCAAAGUCGUCGCCACGCUGCAGCAGCGUGCUGCAGCCAUUGAGGACUUAGUCGCAUUUAGGCAGCUCAUUCAGCAGCUCCAAACCCUCGCCACUCUUCCCCAUUUGCUGCGGCAGCUCUUGGGGGCCCCCGACCCCCUGGGGGCCCUUCGGGUGUACGAACACUCCAGGCUCUUUUUGGCGCAGCAGCAACUUUGCUGCUCCCACCUUCCCCGCCUGUCUCUCCUCAAGGCCGACGCAGACGCCCUCGCAGCCCGCGCCAAGUUGCUGCUGCUGCAGCAGCUCGACGCCCCCGCAGCAGCAGGGGCCCCGGGGGGCCCCCCGGGGGCCCCCCCGGGGGCCCCCUCGGGGGCCCCGGCCGGUUUGGGGGGCCCCUGGGGGCCCCCGGGGGGCCCCGCGGGCGCGGCGGGCCCCGGCAGCGGGGACGGCACGGGGGCCUUGGGGGCCCCGGGGGGGGCUCCGGGGGGGGCCCCGGGGGGCCCCAGGCUCCACAAUGAGGGGGGGGCCCCGGGGGGCCCCCCGGGGGGCCCCCCUCUUGACCCUGAAGCUGCUUCGGAAGUGCUGCGGCUGCUGCUGCGCAGCGGGGAGGAGCCGCAGCAGCUGCUGCGGCUGUUUCAGCGGGGCCGCCGGCACGCAGCUUUUGCUGCGCUGCAGCAGUGCUUCUCGAGGGAAGCGCAAAGUGCUGCUGCGGCUGCUGCAGCAGCAGCAGAUGGUGCUGCUGCUGCUGCUGCAGCGGCAGAAGUCGAUGUUGUCAAGGAAGUGAGCGCAGCAAGUGCUGACCUCGCGCUGGAAGCAGCGUGCAGCCGGGUGUCUGUACACUACGUGGGCCUAGUGGCAGCAGCAGUGAAGGACUUGUUAUUUAUUUUCAAGUUUAUUUCAAUUUCAAAAGAAAAAGGAAAAAAAGAAAGUGAAGAAGCAAAAGACAAGACGGAGGCUGCUGCGCUGCAGCGGGUGCGCGCAGCUGUCGAUACAGCUGAAGCAGCAAACCCCCCCAUUCCUCCAGAAGCAAAUCAAACUAUUAUUUCUUUUAUUUCUGCAUUAGUAGAAGCAGCUUUUUCUCCCCUUUCUGCCAUGAUUGCUUCCACAGUUCCUGCUGCUGCUGCUGUCGUCAGGGGCACUGCUGCUGUUGUUGCCGCUUUCGAGGCCUCCUGGGAGCCGCUGCUGCCGCUGCAGCUGCAGCAGCAAGCAGCAGCAGCAGCAAGAGCAGCGCAGCAAAACAUUCUGCUCAAGGCCACCGCCCUUGCCUUCAAGCGCGCCUACGCCAAGGUGGCGCAGGAGCUGCACGACUCCACUGCAGCAACGCUGCAGCAGCAGCAGCGGCGGCAGCAGCAGCAGCAGCAGCAGCAGGGAGAGGCCUCCCCCGCAGCUGCUGCGGACUUCACCCCUGCAGAACUCGAGCUGCUGCUGGCGCAGCAGCAUGCAGCAGCACAAGCUGUUGUGGUUGAGGGCUGCGUGGCCCUGACUGACGCGCAGCAGCUGCUGCAGGGCGCGAGCAGCAGCUGGCGGCCGGCAGCAGCAGCAGGCGGAGCAGCAGCGGCAGCAGCAGCGGCAGCAGCAGAGGCUGCUGCGCUGGUGCAGCAGCACAUCACGCCCUGGGUGUGGGGCCUCUUUGAACUUUUUGUCCGCCUCGUGGCCAAAGUGACAAAAGAUGUUCCUGCUGCUUUUAGUGGCUAUUCUGAAGUUCUAGAAGAUGUUAUUCGAGACUUUUCAGAAAGUGAAAAGCAGCAAAUUCUUUUAAAUGAAAAAAGUCCGCAGCAGCACUGGCUUCCUGCGCAGGUGGAGGCGACGCUGCGGGCAGCCCUUUCUGCGGACUUGCAUGCGUUUGAAGCUUCAGGUGUACGUACACCGCAGCCCCCGCUGGUGCCAGCGCUGCUUCUGGUGUAUCUACACAUCGGCCGCAGUCUGCAGCGAACUGGACUUUCGAAGUUGGAAGCAAUUGGUUCUGAGCUAUUUCCUUCUUUGAAGGCUGGCUGGCUCAGCAGCAGCAGAGCAGCCCCUGCUGCUGCUGCUGCGCCUGCUGCUGCUGCUGCUGCUGCUGCUGCUGCUGCGCAGGAAAGGCCGCGAGUGCUGCCUGUGGCCCUGCGGCUGCGAGCAGCAACGCAAAGCCUCAUGACAGCUUAUGUGUUUAGCCGGGGGCAAGCAGCAGCAGAAGCGACAGUUUCGCUGCUUGCUGCGCAGCACUUGCUGCGCAGCAGUGGCAGCAGCAAUUGCAGCAGCAAUGGCAAUAAUAGCGGCAGCAAAAGUGGCAGCAGUGGCGCUGAAGACUGCAGCAAAAGCAUGCAAUUAGGAGCAGCAAAUGAAGAAGCAAAAUGGAGGUCCCCAAAAAGGGCCUCCGGCUGCUUCCUGCCUCUCAUGAAAGUGCUGCAGCACUGCAGCAGCGAAUUGGAGCUGCUGCUGGAGGACGCUGCGCAGCGGCCAGCAGCAGCGGCAGCAGCAGCAGCAGGCGGCGGCGGCGCAGCAGCAGCAGGCGCAGCAGCAGCAGGGGCGCAAGGGGCCGGGGGCAGCGCUGCUGCUGCUGCGCUGCUGCUGCAGCCGCAGCGGCGGCUGCAGCGGCCUCUGGGCCGGCGAAGGUCGCCCAUAGAAAGAGAAAUGGAAAGACUCUUUGCGAGGAAGCAGCGAGUGUUUGCUGCUGCAGCACAGAGCCGCAGCAAAGCCUUGAUGGGAAUCUUUCGAAUUGCUGCUCGUGCUGCUUUGGAAUUUGUGCGCUGCUGCGUCUACAGCGACCCCGGGGAGCCGCAGCAGCUGCAGCUGGACUGCGCUGCAGCAGCAGCAGCAGCUCGGGUGUACGUACACCCCGAAGACGCAGCAGUCGUCGACGGCUUCUUCGACGAAAUCGCGGCCUGCGCGGCGCUGAGGUGUAUAGGCAGCUCCGCGGGGUGUACGUACACCUCGCCGCUGGCGCUGCUGCUGAGGGAAACUGAGCUCGAGGCUCUCUUGACUCAGGACAAAAAUGUUUAUCUUUUCCCGGAUUCGCAGCAGUAA